AUGACAGAAAAGGACGGGAAGCUGUACGGCCGCGGCACGUGCGACAUGAAAGGCUUCGUCGCGGUGUGCAUGUCGCUGACGCCGGAGUUUCUUGCGAUGAAGCGGGCGAAGCCGAUCCACUUUGCGUGGUCGUACGACGAGGAGGUGGGCUGCCUCGGCGGCAAGGUGCUGACGGAGUUCCUGCACGACAACAACAUCAAGGCGGACGGCUGCAUUGUUGGUGAGCCGACGUCUAACACGGUGGUCAUUGCGCACAAAGGGCGUGGUUCUUGGCGGAUUCGCGUGUACGGCAAAGCUGUGCACUCGUCGUACGCGCUGACGGACCAGGGCUGCAACGCCAUCGACUACGCCGCGAAGCUUAUCGUGAAGAUACGUGAAAUUGCUGAGGACGUGAAGUUUCAUGGACCCGUUGACCGGUUUUUUGACGUUCCCUUCUCAACUGUAUCGACAAAUAUUAUUCAAGGUGGUAACGCUGUGAAUACCGUUCCUGCACUGUGUGAAUUUUUCUACGAAGUGCGGAACCUGCCAGUCGUGGAGGCUAAGUCAAUACAUCAAAGGGUCCAAGCUUUUGUGGACGGUGAGCUUCUUCCUGCCAUGAAAAGGGAGUUUCCUGAGGGGCGCAUCGAGAUUGAGGAGUUAAGUUAUGUUUCCGCUUUUAAGGAUGCCGAUGAGAAGGAUCCGUUUACUGUAUUGUUGCGUCGCCUGGCCAAGGAUUCCGCGGUGCGGAAAGUAGCCUAUGGCACCGAGGCUGGUCAAUAUCAGGGUCUUAGUAUGCCUGUAAUUGUCCUUGGGCCGGGAUCCAUUCUGCAGGCACACCAGCCGAAUGAGUUUGUGACCCUGGAGCAGCUCGAUGGGUGUGCAAACAUUCUUCGCCGGGUCGUUCAAUGUGAUACGAGCGGUGCGAAACCGCACCUCUGA